UGCAUCAUCAGACAGGGGUUGUUUCUUCUAAGGGGGCGUUUGGUUGCUCAGAGGCGGAUUUAAAGACCAUCUGUGUUUCAUGUGUCGAGCUGAUUUUGUGCCUCAGACUCUGAGACAGCAACACAAAGGAGACGCAUCCAUUCAUUCAUCAGUGGACUGGAACCCUGUGAGCAGUGAACAUGGAUUUGUUGUUUGUGUGCAGGACCUUUGUUCAGCUGAUCUCUGCUGUGUUGCUGAUGUCAUCAUGGUGUGUUCAGGGUCUGCGUGUGGACAUAUCUCCCAGGAAACCUCUUUUCAGGGUAGGCACACGCCAGCAGCUGGUCUGUUCAGUUCAGGACUGUGCAACAACGCCGAGCAUCUCCUGGUCUCUGCUGGUCGACCGACCGCUGACCGGCACCGUCAGCACCAGCAGCACUCGCUCCAUCGUAACCUUUGACCCUGUGACGACGGAACACGAAGAACUGUGGCAGUGUAAAGUCAGCUGUGGAGAAGAGAAAAAACACAUCAAAACCUCAGUGAAGGUUUACUCCCUCCCAUCAUACCCUGCAAUCUCAGGUCAGGACCAGCUGAGAUUAGGGGCAGAAUCCAUCCUGUCCUGCCAGGUGUCUGACAUACACCCUUCUGAGUACCUGGACCUCACCUGGCUCAGAGGAGACACCAUCCUGCAAAGUUCCAAGGGAGAUGCUGGAUCCAGCUCAGUCCAGUCUGACUACAGGUUUAUGCCUCUGAAACAGGACUCAGGAGUAAACAUCACUUGCAGAGCCACACUGGAGCUGCUGGACCUACCAGCAGAGAACACGACCACAGAGACCACCAUCACUCUCAACCCCCUCUAUGCGCCUGUUGUCAUGGCGAUAUCAGAAUCUAUGGUGCUGAUGGACGGUUCUCCGCUCAAUCUCACCUGUUCGGCGGAGGGAAACCCUGAGCCAAAUAUCACCUGGAGCUUCAGGACAGUGGACGGCCGGUCUCUGUGGCAGGGUCGAGGCAGUGAGCUUGUCUUCAAGGCAGUGGGACUGUCUGACGCUGGGCAGUAUGAGUGUGAGGCCCGAAACACAGAAGGGAACCACACCGCCACUGUGGACAUCACUGUACAUGCUCCACCCACCAACACCUCCCUGUCACUGAGUCCAGGUGAGGAGGUGGUAGAGGGUCAACAGGUGACCUUUACCUGUCACUCAGAUGGAGCUCCUCUCCCCAUGCUGGUGCUAAUGAGGAAUGGAACGGAACUUCAGAAAUCUGACAAUGCCUCCUCAUCCUCAUUAAACUUCAGCCUUUCCUCCGCCCGGCUGGAAGACUCUGCUCUCUACCAGUGUGAAGCCUCCAACAAGUAUGGAUCCCAGCUGGUGUCCAGCUCCAUCACUGUCAGAGCACACCCUCUACAGGUGGAGGCGAGUCCUCAGGUCUCAGCAGAACGAGGUUCAGCUCUGAUUCUCACCUGCAAUGCUUCCGGAUGUCCCCACCCCCUUGCCCUCACCUGGAGCAAGGCAGACCAGGACCAGAGCGUCCUGAAAAAGACGCAACAGCAGAACGGAGUGUCUCUCCUCCACCUGCAGGACCUGGACCUCCAGGAUCAGGGAGAAUACAGCUGUGAGGCCAAGUGUGACUCCGUCGUGAGGACCAAAUCCAUCCAGGUCUACAUUUACUCGUUUCCGUCUGAUCCGGUUCUGAAAGAUCCAGGUCCCGUGGUGCUGGACCAGAAGGCGGACUUUCACUGUGGUGUCCUUAAUGUCUUCUCACCCAAUCAGCUGAGGAUCCGGUGGUUGUCGGGAAACACAACCCUGAUGCUGAAGUCAUUCGGGUUCUCUGGUUCCUUACAGAACAUCUCAUCAGUUCUUCAGCACCAGAUUGAGGAGGAUCAGCAGGUCCUCACCUGCAGAGUAGAACUGCUGAUGGAAGAUGGAGACGUGUGGAGGUACAAGAGGACAAGUAUCUCUCUGCAGGUCCACUAUCCUCCAAAGACAACCUCCCUGUCACUGAGUCCAGGUGAGGAGGUGGUAGAGGGUCAACAGGUGACGUUUACCUGUCGCUCAGAUGGAGCUCCUCCCCCCAUGCUGGUGCUAAGGAGGAAUGGAGCGGAACUUCAGAAAUCUGACAAUGCCUCCUCAUCCUCACUAAACUUCAGCCUUUCCUCCGCCCUGCUGGAAGACUCUGCUCUCUACCAGUGUGAAGCCUCCAACAAGUAUGGAUCCCAGCUGGUGUCCAGUUCCAUCACUGUCAGAGCUCCUCCGAGGAACACCACAGUCCUCGUCCUGCCAUCUACGGUAGUCCAAGAGGGACAAAAUGUCACUGUGUGCUGCCAAACCAUCAGCUUCCCACCAUCAGCUGUAAUUCUAAAGAAACUGACUAAUGGGACGGAGCUAUAUUCCAGCAAUGGCACAUUCCUGUUGGUCAACGUCACAGCCAGAGACUCUGGGCUGUACCAGGUCAAUGUGACCAACGACCUCGGAUACCAGGUCAAAGUCUUCAGCAUCAGUGUCAGAGAGAGAAGCCCUGCACUUUCUCCCCGUCUCAGCGUCAUUAUCAUCCCAGCCAUCUGUGCUACCACUGGGCUAGCAGCUUCUGCACUGCUCCUCGACUACCUCAGGAGAGCCAGAAAGAAAGGCUUUUAUCAGUUGCCCCAGUCUGCUCCACCUUCAGCCUGAGGUUAACACAGGACCAACUGACUCACUGAUAUGUGUAUUGAAUUCCAACCAAGUUCUAAAGUGUGACUACCAGGUCUCUGAAGUUUGGCUGCUGUCUCCCAAAAUGUGAUUACUGAAGUCUAACAUCUUAUUACAACAGGUGGUUUGUGCUUCCAAACAUAUGGUUUUGAUAAUGCCAAAAUGUGGGUUUUAAUGUCCCUGCGUGGGCACUGGUUUCCAUCAUGUGGCUUCAGUAUCCCAAUAUGUGACCUCCACAUCCUGACCUGUUGCAUCACUUACAAAUAUAGUGCUACUAUUUCCUAACAUGUGGCUACUAGGGUACAGCAUGUGGCUACCAUGUUCCACAACCUGUGGCUUUUAGAUUCCAACUGAUGGCUAUUGGGUCCUAACACAUGGCUACUCACUUCCGUUUCUUGGCUUGUAUUGCAACAUAUCACUGCCACCUUUUGAGGAUGUGUCUCCCAGCCCACAUGUGGCUAUCAAGUUCCACACUUUGAAAACCACAUCUUCACACAUUUUGCUACUGUUUCUGAAUAUGUGGCUACCAAGGCUAUAAGGAGCACUACCACAUCCCAUGGUUACCACCUUGUGACAUGUGACUACCUUGUCCUAAUGUGUGACUUUGAUGUUGUAAUAUGUGGCCACCACACAGACGAUGCAGCUACAACCUCCCAGCAAGUGGCUGCAUAGCUAAUACAUGUGAAUAUGGGGCCACCACCUCUCAACAGACAGUUCCUGACUCCAGCUUCAACUCCAAAAAUAUGAAGUGUAUUUUCAAAUAACUGAUACCUUGAUUUAUGAGGCUAUUACUUUCUAAAAUUUGGCUAUCAUGAUUCCAAAAUGUAGUUUUGAUAUUCCAGCAUAGGACAAAUACUUUAUACAUGUGGCUACCAUGUCACAAAUGACUAAUGGCCUCCAAUAUCUGAACACCACAUCUCUACAUGUGGCUCCCAAACAUUAACACAUAUUUGCAUCAUUCCAGCAAACACGUCCAGUCAUAGCACAAUCAUACCACACUAGCUUGUUUUCAUAACAAUCGAGAGGCUGGCGACCACCUCCUGAUUCGUGGCUACCACAUCCAAAAAAAUGUGCUUUUGAUGUUGACCGUCCAAGAUGUGGCAGCAUCCUUGCAGUAAGUGACUAUCAAAUCCUAACAUUCAGUUGGGAUAUUCCAAUAUUUGACUGCCGCUCCUCGACUUCAACAGUCUCGCCUGAAAAAUAAUGGAGGACGUGAUCAGCUGCUCAGUUGGGCAAAAUAAUAUGCAGAAAAGUUGGUUUUUUUUUAGCCAGAUUCUGUUUAAUCAGUGGCUCAGUAAGUCUGAGCCUUUUACAAGUGAACUGUCCCUUUAACUGAUCCGUCUGAACAUCGAAGCUGAAAGCAGCUUUUUAACAUUCAGCCUGUGACUCACUGCUUGUCCUACUGGUGGUGGAAAAUAGAUUAAACUCAGGUGACUGAGCUGGCUGAAAUUACCUAAAAGGUUUUUUGUGCUUCACUUUCAGUUUCUCUUAAUCUCUGUUGGUCAGGUACAGCUGCAUCUUCAGCGUUUAUAAGGAAAUGGGUUUUCUUGGGUUUUGUGACCUGAGUGUAGAUAUGUGUAAAGUUUCUUUUUGUUGGCUUUCAUUAAAGAUAUUUAUUUCCUAA